CGUAGCAGGCGGUUCGCCCCCGCGUAUUCCCGUUCCAAAGUAUUCCACGGGUUUCGCGAGUCGUGGCCCCAGUUCGGGAAGUGCAAAUCUUCAAAAUCCAUUCCAUUGGUACCGUCAUCCCAUCGGGAUUGUGAUCUGGUGUCUCCGGCUGACACCGAAGGAGGAGUUUUUCGAAGUGCAAAUAUUACUCAAUGUAUGACUUGUCGCAUUGAGAAACGUAUUAUUAAGCCGGUCACAGUGAGGAACGAUUAAAAGUGACCAUUGCAAACAGCUGUGAUCGAACAAAUAGCUACGUGGACAAACACGUGGACGUGGCGUCGAGACAGUUUGACGUAAGGAUUGCCUCCGGAUGUGCCGCAACAGAAGAAGAACGUAGCACGUGAGCCGGCAGCGAAGAUUUCGCAGGGAAAAGGCUUCGAAGGAGAGAGAAUACCUCUGGCAGACGGGAUUACCGGUGUGCUCCUUAUCACUUUGCUGUGACAAAACGUCAGUGGCGUGCGGUGGGUAGAUCGGCAUCGGUAGAAGAAAGCAAUGGCGGAAGCGAUCAUUGCCGACUGGAUCUCCGACUACAGUUCCCUGCAGGAAUCGGAACUACGCACAUUUGCCGCCCAGCACGAGAAUGAUUUCGAGAUCUCGAAGGCUCUGUACACCAUCCUGAAUGAGCGGAUGAAAUACAAGGAUCUAAUCCAUCCGAUAUGCAACCAGCUGUGCAAUUUCUAUCGGUCGAACGAAGUCGAACUGCGCCGGUUUACGUUGCAGUUUGUGCCGAUGUUGAUCUAUCUGUAUUUAAACUCGGUGGCUCUCGGCGACAAGAAAGGUUGCCGGUCGAUCGAAACGCUACUGAUCUGCAUUUACAACAUUGAGGUUAGUUCGGAUGAUGGCAGUCCGAAGGUGGUGUCUUUUCGAAUGCCCGUCCUGGCGCAGGCAUCCGUUUACCAUGAGGAAAAAAGCCUACAACCAAGUGAUCUACGAAGGUGGGAGGAGAAUAGCAAUAAGGAUAUUAACUGGGGACCGCUACCAUCGAUCGAAUCGAUCAACGCGCAGAACCGGCUUAAGGUGAUGACGGCGCUGCUGUUCACGUACAACCAGCAGCUGAAUCAGAUCCACAAACCCGCCCUGUAUCACCUGUGUAAGACGACUUCGCUGCUGGUGAACCAGGGUUUCCCGAAGGUACCGGGUGGCCAUAUGCACCGCUCAUCGUACGGUAACGAUCCGAUCUCACCCCAACAACCGAUGGCGAUGGCUGCCCCAUCACACGUCGUCCGACCACCGCCACGGAUCGCAGUGAACUCCCAGUUCCUGGUGGAGCUGGCACACGCCAAUUACUUCGCCAUGUUUAACGAGUUUGCGUCGGCGGCGAUCGAAGCGGUGACGGAUCUGCACAGCCGCGCGUGCUACGAAAUGCUUCCCGAGGUGAUACUGGUGACGAAUGCGAUACGCAACUCGUUGCAUGCCAAUCCUUCCGGUCAACCCAGCGACGGUCCGAUGGGUAUUAGUGUUGCAUUGACGCCCGCUACAACUACGGUGACGGUGUCGAAGUCAAUGAUUACGAACGCCUCCUUCCGUACGAAGAAGCUACCAGACGAUCUGGAGGUUGAGUUUGUGAAUGCACUACAGUCAACGCAGCAGGAAAUGAUGAGCAAGCUGGCGAUGAUUGAUGCGGACAUAGGAAACGGUCCUACGAGUGGAUCCGGAAUAGUACAGUCUGCUGAUUCCAACAGUCCCCGUACCGAACCGAAAAAGAAAGAAUCCUCACGAAAGUGGAAAAAUUGGGGCUGGAAGACGAACACUACAUCGGCUACGGUGACAAACGCCAAUGGAACUGGUGCCGCUGGUACGAAGCAGGCUAGCAUUGAGGAGGAAGCAGACUCCCCGAAACGAUCGGCCGGCUCGACGCGUCAUUCUAGUCCGGCCGAUUCACCCAAACACAAGUUGCUGUUAGGUACAGGCAAGGUGGAGGACGUAAACUCGAGCAGCAGUAUCUCCCCAGCUUCGCUGAGACGCAAGAAAUUCCUCUCGAGCAAGAACCAGUCGCCGGUUAAUCGAUCAGAGGCUCGUGCUAGUGCAGGAGCUCGAUUGUACGAGGAGCUGGACAGCAGUCUGCAGGAUUCGGAUUCCGAUGAGUUGGCAGCGUUAAUAGUGAAUGGAAGGCCGGCAACGAUCCAUCUCAUACAAACGUCCACUAUUCCAGACGAUAUUCCAAUACAGGGCCCAACGAAGGAAGAGAACGGUGGCCCACACCAUCUCACCAGCAUCAACGAAGAGGGUGAGAGCGGGCUGCCAUCGGUGGACGGUAGCACGAAGGCUGGCAGUGGUACGACGGCUGGCGGCAUGUCGGCAUCGGGCACACCGGGCAAGCCGAAGGAUUCCAAAACGCAUAAGGUGCUGGGUGGUUUCAAGAAACUGAAACCGGAAAAGGAUAAAGAUAAAGAUAAGGAUAAGGAUAAGGAGAAGGAUAAAGAUAAGGACAAGGAUAGGGAUAGGGAGGGCAGUGGUACGACGCCGGUUGUGCUGGUUUCUACCGGUUCCGGCGGUGGUGUGACACUUCCGGUGAACAGCACUACUGCAGCAGCAACAGCAGCAGGCAUCACCGUCGGCGGAACAUCCCUCGUCGAGGAGGCGAAGGCACUUAUGUCAUCAGCGAAGAAGAUAAACUCGAAGGAGAAAUUAAGUGCUUCCGGUGUCGGUGGUGGCCAACCGGCGACUGUCGUUGUGCUCUCGAAUGGAAGCAUCCUGAUGGGAUCCGGGCCAGUGUGCAACGCGACCAACGGCGACAGUUCGGAUGGGGUCGUAACGCUAACGGCGGCCACGGCCAACGGCGGACUCGGCAAGCAGUCACUCGACAUUGGGGAAUCGUUCGAUUCUGGCAGUGAACUGCUGCAGCAGCACGGCUCUACCACCAUCAACAGCGCUAACAGCAAUGGAGGCAACACGAUAAAAACCACCGUACUGGAUAUGAAGAACCACGGAAGUAUACAAGUUAGUCAAGUCUAGAUUGUCCAUUCGAGUACGCUAGGAGGAAAUUUGUUUGGGUCGGGACAGUGUGCGUGUGUGCAUAUGUGCGUAUAGUUUAGUUUUUCUCCUUCUUCUCGACUGUCCUUUUUUUACUUCACCCGUUCCAAAAUCGCGAAGUGAGGUUAUACAGUAUUGCAGUGCUAUUCUAAGGUCUUUUUUAAGUAUGUAAAGUGUGUAUCGAAUUGAACCCUCUCCCUCCCCAAAAAGGGCAUACGCACACAUACAUUCUUUUCCUCUUUUUCUAUUAUAUUCCCCUGAGUAAUCGUCCUGUAGCGUAACUGAAAGAUUGAUAAUAUUUUCGGGUUGGUUUAUAGAUAGUAUUUUUGGUGCGUUUUUUUGUUGCAAUGCCAAAUAAGGACAUUCACGGCAAACCCGUUGCACAGUGAGAGCUAUGUCCAUAAUGUUAAUUUGUGUAUUAAAUUUGAUUUUUUAAAUUUGUUUUUAUACAUCUUUAUAUCAAGCAGUAAUAAUAUGUUAAUCAUACACUUGUUCUCGUGAUAGUACAUUUUCUGUUAUAGUUAUAUAAUGCCAAUCGUUCCACAUUCGCGUGUUUAUUGUCUCCAUUUUGCUGAUAUUCGUUUCCGUUAAUAAUUCCAGCUCGUUGUUAAAACUGUUAUGAAUGUGAAGGUGCCCACACAUUUUGGGGCUCCCGGUUGUUGCUAAUGGUAUCUUCCGAAGGAUUUGCAUUUCAAUAAUGCACUUGCCGGUAUUGUCCAUUCCCUCCCGCCCCUAAAGCAUUAGUCCGUUGUGCGUAAAGACUAUGGCGGAAACAACGAUUGCGAUAAUUCUGUCCCUUUUUCUUUUUACCUCACCUUUUACCACCCACCGGUGAUUGUACAACGUCGUGUUAUUGUAAAUUCGCCAUUUGCUCACGUUCAAGCCCCGUCAUUACCGAAUCAUUUAUUUUCGACGAGUGCUUUCUCGUUCGCCACCGGGUGGGUGAGUGCUUAGCGAUGCAUGCUUGGAAAAAUAGCUCCCACACAAAAAGAAAAACAAACCCCUGGAAACGACUGUUCCGAAUCGUAUCCUUCGGCAUCGUCUGAAUGCUCAUGAGCUUUAGGAAAACGAUGGAGAAAAAAUCACCACAUUUUUUCCAUACUAACGGCCUAUCGACGAGCACAUGCUUGCGUUUGAAGAAUUCGUUGGGUAAUUUAGGUAUAAAUGUAUAAGUUUAGAGUAAGCAUCAUUUGAUUAGCAUCCUUAGUGGUUCAUUCAUUGUGCAUGAAAAGCUCCAUAAUGUAAGCAUCCUUUUGUCAUUCGCUAGAGCUGAACUGCUCAAUACGAUAAGGAUGGUGUGAAAAUGCUAACUGUUUGUAAAAGUUGACUUACCUCAAUUUGGAGUACCAUUCUGCUAGGGCUUGUUAUUGUUUGUUUCGGUUUAUUUGUGUUGGGGGAAGUUUCAGGAAGUUUUAUAUUACAUAACUAACUUUUGUUUUUACUUACACUUUGUUUAUUUUGAUUGCAAAUCUUAUCCGCUUCUACGUCGGACAACCAGCUGUGGAGAAUCUAAGAUGAUUAAAUGAACUAAAGUUCAUCCGUUUAAUGCGGCUACACUACCAUCCACGGACUCGUUUGUCCACAAAUCACUCAAUCAACAUUGAGCUGUGGGCGACUUUAUGUUAUUAUGUGCGCGUUUCUUUGCCUGUAGGCUUCGCACACAUUCAUUGAUGGUGUCACCGAGUGCGUUAUUACAGUUUGGAACAGUUUUCGACGAGUAAUUAAGCAGAAAGUUUUAUUCAAUUCGGUUGAAAAGUUUGUACACGAUUGCGAAGCGAAACAAAAAGGAACAAUACGGUGUUCCUGAAACACGGGCAUUAAUUUCACAUCGAAAGUUUUGGGCUGAUUUGUAAACUGUUAUCGACAACAGACGUCGGAAGCAAGAAAUCCCUUCUUAAUUCUUCCUUAUGAAUGUGCCAACAAAUGAUCAUGUGGUUGUAUAUGUGUUUGUUUGUGUGAAAGAACUCGGGAUGUGUUUCUUUGAUACUGUGAGGGUGCUUUAUCGUCCACCAACUGAAUUUUUCUUCUGUAAUUCGAUAACAGAGAACACACAUACAAAAUGGAAUCCUUCGUCAUUUAUUCACAGGGAACUUAACGCAAUGAGGUCGUAUUUGUUAAUCCGAAUUCGAACAUGAACAUGGGAUUACACCGAAUAUGUUUCUCGUAUUACAUAGAAAAAUGUGAAUAUAUUGAAGCAAUACUGAUACACCACAAAUACAGAAACAUAGAAGAGAAUCGGUUCUAGCACAGUCUAUUUUACCGAAUGUUGUAAUGGAAUAGCUAACUUGAAGUACUUGCUCUGAAUUUCUUUGAAGGGGCGUAUAAAUCACUGAUUCCAACUUGUGUCCAUAAAGAAAGGGACAGGAUCUUUACAAACUGUUGUUCAAUAUCCCCCAUCGUUGUUGUUACAUCUUCAUCAUCUCUUAUCUACCAUUGUCCACCUUUUAUCAUCGGAAUUACCAUGUCAGUGCAGCAAAUCACAACAGGAAAGCAAUAGUUGAAGCAAACCAACAAAACGAACAUUUAGGGUAAGGAAAUUCGCAUCUAUUGCAUCGCAUCUAUCUAUUCAGCGGUUGAUUGACAAGUUGGGGACAUGUUGGGAUCUCACUAUGCGUUCCUUGCGACCGGAAAGAGGUAUACACUUUUAGUUUACCAUUAAAUUUGUCAAAUUUUAACCCAUCAGAACAACACCAAGACUCAAAAAUAUUUUCCAAAAGAUCCAUCAGCAUUAGCUAGGAAACUAGGCAACAACAAAAAGCGCUAGGAUGGAGGCGAAGACUUAUGACGAAGGAAUUAUCGGAUCGAACUUGUUGUAAAUGAUAUUAUCUAACUAGUAGGAAACAUGGCAUACACACAUUCACUCGCAGAACGAAAGCUUAUAAAGCACGCACCCCUACACCCCUGUUGUAUACAUAUCAUUUCACGUUCUCAUUUUCUCCCCAAAACAAAAAAAAAUCAUCAAGGCUGCUCUGAGUUAUGUUACGUUUCCAGCAUGUUUUAAGAAGGAUGAAAUCUUUCACCUGUUGUUACCUUGCGCGUGCAAAAAUUGUUUGCAAGUGAGUAUUGUAAAAAAAACCACCCUUUUUUCUUAGUACGUGUAAACCGUGGUCUUUGUCUACUGGCAGAGCAAUAACACACAAAAGACUUUUGUCGGCAGACUCUUCAAAAACCCGGAUGAAUGUGUGCUAAUAGCACGAGGGAAGUCCUUAACAUGGGAAGCUAUAUACAAAAAAAACCUAUUAUACACAGAGACUCGUUAACGUCAAAAUCGUUUAGAUUUCAUCGUCGGUGUACAUACUUAA